UCGGAGUUGUCAGUCUUGUCUUAGUCGCCUUGAGGAACGGACCGACUUUUAACCAGACUCUGUUCUCUACGACGACCACGACUAUGGCGUGUCCCACUUUUGACGCUGGAACGAUGAAGAAACAAGCUUUGAUUCUCUCGUUGUUGGCCGUGUAUCUGAUAAGACAAAGUUCCGGAUAUACUCUGGAUCAUAAGCAUCAUGCGGAACCAGACCUCUCGUACGUUCCACCGACGGUAGAGGUUCCUCCCCCAACUGUAGCACCCCUCUGUGGAUGCACGGAAAAGGGACGAUGUGGAGAAACGUUACGCACCUUUACCGAACUGGUCAUUCGAACACAGGCGUCAGAAGUAGUUUGCGGUUCCAAGGCUGAACUUUGCUGUUAUGAAGAUGACCCAUGGCCGGGAUACGUGGAUGCAUUUGCUCAUUUGGCUCCAUGUGUUCCUGACCAUAUUUGCAAAAGACCGUAUGGAACGGUGGCGACGGAUGUUCGAGAUUUUGGAGCUAUUGGUCCUUGUAUUGGAUUGGGAGCUGUUAGGUGUUUGGACGGAUUGGAAGGUCCACCAGUACCACAACCGGAGAGUCCUACACAUUUCGUGAUCCCAAUAAUUGACAAUCCAACCCCACCAGACGAAUAUUAUGCCCCUCCUCCACCACCCACAACGGAGACCCCAACAACUCAGCCACCCGUCGUUUACAUUCCUCCACGACCAACAACUCAGCCACCAGUCGUUUACGUUCCCCCACAACCAACAACUCAGCCACCAGUCGUUUACGUUCCCCCAAAACCCACGACGCAACCACCAGUCGUUUGUGUUCCCCCUCAACCGGAGCCUGAACCACCAGCUUACGCUCCACCAGAACCGGAACCAGAGCCCUACGCUCCUCCCACCCCAACCUACGGCGUUCCUCAAGGCCAGCCUCUCGGAUACGCGUACACGAGUAGAUUUGGUUACCCGUAUGGGUAUGGGGGCUAUUAUGGAGGACUGCGAUUCAGACUUCGCAAAUAUUUCGGGGGUGUCGGAUUUUUGGGCUAGGAAAGACUUGACUUGACAUAUGAUAAUGGACAUCAACAAUUUUUAUCAUCCUUAUUGACGAUAACAGACAUGAAAUUAUUAAUUAACCCUGCCAUUGUUUUUGUAAUUACGACAAUCAUUAUAUACACUUUUAUCAUGAAUUAUAUUCACUUACCAUGUGGCAUUUUAAUUUAUAUACUCCAAACGAGUCAAAAAACUGAAGCUUUACUUCUAUAUAAAUAAUGUGAAUUCGA